GCUCCGCCCCCUCCCUCCCCACCUGAAUAUAAAUAAGCGCAGGCUCAGCAUCUGCAGCACAACGCCCGCCCUACCCGCCCGCCGGCUGCUCUACCAGAACCACCUCGUCACAAUCAAGCUCUCGUCUCCAGACCAUCUCGCCCCCCGCCAUGGCCUCCAGCAUGUCCCUACGAGGUUACUCUGUGAGCCGUCAGCCGUCUUUUUCCUGCCGCUCCCUGAUGGACACGGGCCGUUCCCGCUCCCGCGCCUCCGUCUCCUUCUCCGGCACCAGCCCGCUGACCCGAUCCGCCUCCGUCGGCCACGACCUCAACGGCCCGUCUGGUCUCCCGCUCAACGGCCUGCACGGCAACAGCGCCAACGAGAAGGAAGCCAUGCAGAGCCUCAACAACCGCCUGGCCAAGUACCUGGACAAGGUGCACACCCUGGAGCGUUCCAACGCCGAGCUGGAGGCCAAGAUCAAGCGCGUGAUGAUGGAGCGCAUCCCCAAGGGUCACGACCUGGACUCCAUGAUGGCCCAGGCGCACGCCGUGGAGCAAGAGGUGAGGAAGAAGACUUUAGAAAACGCUCGUCUCAUGCUGGAGAUCGAUAACGCCAAGCUGGCUGCUGAUGACUUCAGAAUCAAGUGGGAGACGGAGCUGGUGAUGUGUCAGUCUGUGGAGCGAGACUGCGUGGCGCUGAAGAAAGCCAAGACCGACCACGAGCAGAUCAUCGCCUCCCUGAGAGGAGAUCUGGACAGCCUGAAAGAGGAGCUCUACUUCCUCAAGAGGAAUCAUGAGGAGGAAAUGGAGCAGAUGAAGUCCCGCAUCGCCAGGGAUGAGGUGAACGUGGAGGUGGACUCGGCACAAGGACCGGAACUGGCAACCAUCCUGUCCGAUCUGCGGAUCCAGUACGAGGGGAUUGUUAAGAAAAACAAGGAACAUGCCGAGCACUGGUACCGCAAGAAGCUGGAGACGGUGCAGAAUGACGUCAAGGAAAGCAACGAGGCCCUGAGGGGUGCCCAGAGCGAGCUGGUCGAGAGGCAGCGCUUCCUCCAAAACCUGGAAGUGGAGCUUGAGAGUUUGCACAAGCAGGUUGCCGCCCUGGAGGGUAACCUGGGCGAGACAAGCCACAAGUACUCGUCCGAGAUGGAGCGUCUGCAGGUCACACUCAACCAGCUGGAGGAAGACCUCUCGCAGCUCCGGCUGGACAUGCAGCGCACCAAAACCGACUACGAGCAGCUCCUCCGCAUCAAGCAGAACCUGGAGAUGGAGAUCGCCACCUACAGGCGACUGCUGGAGGGCGAGGAGAGUGUGAAGGAAGUUCCACCUCCUCCAAAAAAAGAGCCCGACGUUCGCACCAGGAAGAUUGUGAAGGUGGUGACCCAGACCAUGGUCAACGGCAAGGUGGUGGACGAAUCCAGCGAGGUGGAGCAAAUCGAGGAGACCAAGAAAUAGGAAAGAAAUAUCACGUAUAUUUCAUGACUGGAUGCAUUAUUUGGCAUUGAAUACUCUUUAGACGUACAACAUAGUCAUGCGUGUUUAUGCGUGUUUAGAUUAAACCUGUAUACCAGAUAGAUAACUGUAGAACCAAACAAAUCAGUGGUACCCCAAGGAGAUAUUUAUUUCUUAGUGUAGUAAAGUUCACUGUAGUGCAUCUAAGAGAGGGGUGGGCAAACUGGAGUCAGCGGGCCACACCAGGUCUUAAUCUGGCAUGAUUUGCUAUGCUCAUGUGACACGCUUGAGUCGUACAGGAAAUAGGCCGAUGCGAUCUGUAGCUUGUACACAAAAGCAACACAACACAUCAACACACCUGACUCACAACGUAACCUACCUACUGCACCACGUGGGCAUACAAAUAAAUACCUACGCACGUAACCAUGCCAAAGUUAAACCCAUAUAUUCCUGCCUCAAGGCAUGCUGGGUAGCCUGCGGUACUGUGUCUCCCAACAUUUUGCAGUGUUUGUCACAUUUUUGCUUAAUUGCAAAAUAUGUUGAGGAGGCCGUCAAGGAAGUAAACUAGGAUAGCCAUUGUUAUUGUUCACUGGACUACCCAGCAUGCCUUGCGAGCACUUCUAAAUAACAGUUGUAAGUUACCUGCUAAGUUGUUGUUCAUGCAACACUUAGUAGUAGUAGUACUAGAAGUAUUUACGUGAUGCGUGAACUUGCCGUGGAUGUGUUGUGUUUUGGUUUUGUUGCACCGUGACUAAGUAUAUGGUUCUGUGUGAUGGCCACCUACAGGUUGUAUGAAGGCCCCUCGGCCAAGUUUUUGAACUCUGUGUGGCCCAAAGCUCCAAAAGUUUACCCAUGCCUGGGUCCCUAGGUCUAAGAUGAUAACGAUUCCUCUCCUUGGUUGUGAUUCCUGGAAUAAACGUUGCCUUCCCUUCGCAAUUCUUAUAGCGAACUCACAUUGAUAUUGUUAUUGAUUUAAUAUGAUAUUCAUGUAUACAUUUAGUAGUAAGGUCAAAAUAUCAGAUUUUGUUAAAGAGGAUUCAAUGACAAAGUUGAGGUUGGGCUGGAUGCUUCCACCAAGACAAAUACCCUAAACACUGCUCCAAUUCUACUAAGGCAUUCAUGCAGAGGAACAAGUACAACGUUGUGGAACGGCCAUCUCAGUCCCCAGACCUAAAUAUACUUUUUCAUACCACUGUAGAUCUGGUUGAAACCUACUUCGAUGUCACGAUACAGAUUCAGCUUUCUGAGAUCCUGCCCCAAGUGGAGGAGUUCAAGUACCUUCAGAUCUUGUUCAUGAGUGAGG